CAGUGUUAACGUCCCUAUGAUCCUACAAUGACAUCCCUCCAUCGACAGCUUCAGGAGAGCUAGAGAUCCAUUACCGGGACUCUUUUAACAUAGCUGAUAUUUUGGUGUUCAGAAAAAAAAGACAAAAAAUAUUUUUUAAGUUCUAGACUUUAAAACAAAAGAAAAAAAACAUUCCAAGAUGGUGGUGUUGAAGACGGAUUUUUCUCAUUGUCCUCUCAAGAAACGACCGCUUUCAGUAUGUUACGAUGUCACAGCAGGUGAGCAGACGGAACCUCAUGAUCUCAGCCUCAAAUGCACGAGAGAAACGCCUUCAGCCCUCCCAGAAGAACUGCACGCGCGGUUGCCAGAGCCUGUUGCACCCGAAGCCCAACGCGAGGAGCGGCGUGCACAGGCGCUACGUACACAUGCCCUCCAGAUUCCCUCCAGAUACACUCCAUCUACCUCCACACCUGCGGGACCUGCAGACUCCAGACUUGCGAAUUACCAUGGCAGCGUUUCUCCUUUGCCGUGCGACCAAGAAAUGUGCAUGGAUGUACAGCCCUCCGAUUCUCGCGAGUGUCCGCCCGCCUCCGCCUCCAGACUCCCCGUCAGCCCCGUCAGCCCUGUCAGCCCCGCGGAGCGAGACCACGUGCAAGCGCGGCUGAAUUCCAGACCCGGUGCUCGCAGUGUGAGGCACCAGCAUGUUCAGAUUGACUCUCCUGUGCUUGGUACCUCCGGAAUCCCAGUCGCUGGGACGGAGCCGCUGCUGGGAGCGUCGACCCCUUCUUUUCUGAGGCUUCAUCAGGACGUUUCCGCUCCGAGAGGAGGCCAGGCGGUGCCAAGAAGUGCCAUGGAAGCACCGCGCAUUCUUCAAGAAUCUACGAGAGGCGACCUUGAACAGAGACAACAUUCGGCCGCCUCGUUCUCCGCGCCCCCGCACCGGCCGUGGCUGGUCGAGGGCCCCCUUCGCUCUGUCAACAGGCAGUACCCUGAAAUCAACGUACCUCUGCCACCGGCACGACCUCGACCUCUUCUGGCAGGGUCUCCAGGGCUGUGGGCGGGAGUCGUACCGCUGUCGUGGGCAGUUCCCCCUUUGCUGCCGCCUCCGCGCGCUCCUUCGCCGGGCAGACCUCGGCUGGAAUGUCGGUCGCCGGGCUCGGAAUCAGCAUCCAGUGAUGGGAGCAGCGGCGGCGGUCGCGGAGAAACGCGGUACUCCUGCACAGAAUGCACAAAGUCCUACUCCACCUACUCCGGCCUCAGCAAGCACAAGCAGUUCCACUGCGCGGCCCUGGGCGCCAAGUCCUUCGGCUGCAAGCACUGCGACAAGGUGUACACGAGCCUGGGCGCCCUCAAGAUGCACAUCCGCACCCACACCCUGCCGUGCAAGUGCCACCUGUGCGGAAAGGCCUUCUCGCGCCCGUGGCUCCUGCAGGGCCACAUCAGAACCCACACGGGAGAGAAGCCCUUCCAGUGCUCGCAGUGCGACCGCUGCUUCGCCGACCGCAGCAACCUCCGCGCUCACCUCCAGACGCACGCCCACGUCAAGAAGUACGCCUGCGCGACCUGCCACAAGACCUUCUCCAGGAUGUCGCUCCUCAACAAGCACACGGAGGCCGCCUGCCCCGCCAUACAUCGCCGCGUGGUUCCCUAGCGGCGCGCGUCCCAAUUCCACGGGUCUGGCGAGACAGGAUUCUUGCCAAGGCUCCGUGUAUUCUUAAGUACGAGUACCUUUCUUGAGUUUAAAGCCAACUCUGAUUGGUUGCUAUAGCAAUCAGCUGUAAUUAAUUUUGAUAUUUUGUAUAUCGGGAGUCGUUAUUUUGACGUUUACGUUUGUAUAUUGUCCCAGCGUCUUUCUAGUCUUGUAAUAUAGAAGA